AUUGAAACAAACCAACGAACGAAUAGCUCGAAGAACCUCAAAUUUACACUCCGAAAGCGGGUUGAGUUUCAGAUUUCUGAUCAGAGGUCAAGGAUUGAUUAUCACUGUACCAGACAAUGAGGAUUGUUAUGUAGAAGGCAACCUUGUCAUCUUGGUAAACGGCCUUAUGUGAUUGGAAGAAGGAGAAUUGAUAGUGGCAUGUAAGCACAACAUUAAUACCGGGCCAGCAAAGGUGAAAGAAGUGGCGUAGGAUCUGGCCUGUACCAUGGCCAGGGCGGGGGUGCGUAUCACAGACUAUGGAGGGGUCCAGGUCAAUCCUGAACCCAUCAUAAUAGAGGAACCUCAAGACACAUUCCUAGAAGACUACAUAUCACCAACUAAACUGCGAGCAUUGACUGGAAUAGAAGAUCUUGAAGGUGUGAAAUUCCUGGAGAUGAGGGUGGACACCUCAGAGACAAGUCUUGGGAACUUUGGAGCCAUGCUGCCCAACCUGAAGCAAUUGAAACUGAACGACAGUCUGAUAGCUUCAGUGAGAGAUCUAGGCACCGCUCUGGACAUUCUGGGUGUUCUCUGGAUGGCUAGAUGCUGUUUGUCUGAUCUAGAUGGUCUCAGCUCCAUGUCAUCGUUACAGGAGUUGUAUCUUGCCUACAAUGAUGUAUCAGAUAUCAGUCCGUGCAGUAUGUUAGAGAACCUUCAAUUACUAGACUUGGAAGGGAACAAUGUAGAUGACAUAGCUCAGGUGGAGUUUCUAGGACUCUGUAGUAAGCUGAGAGCUCUGUCCUUAGAGGGUAAUCCAGUCUGCUUGGCACCCAACAAGGAUUAUGACAAGGAGGAGAGUCCACCGUACAACUAUCGUCUCUCCGUCUGGAAGGCAGUCCCUCAGCUCAGAAUCCUAGAUGAUGAAGUCCUUAACACGGCAUCAACGUCCUUGUCGACGUCGAACCUUCAACCCAAGGCUCUGAAUCUAAGCACUGAUUGGUUGCUAGUCAAUGGUUCUAUCAAAGAUACGCUAGGAUCAGUAGACAGUGUAGCAUCAGAUGGAAGUGGGGGGUCGCGACCCAAGACAUCGGCAGCCAGGCCGGGAUCAGCAGCAGGUAGACGACCAGGGUCAGGCUCUGGACGGCGACCUGGGUCAAGCAUGGGUCAUCGGCCUAUGACCACAGCGGGAGGAAGGCCGACGACCUCUGCUGAGAGGCCUGAUACUGGGGGUUCAGACAUUGUUGCCGACGGUGAUGACACGAGUGACCUGACCCAUGGCAGUGGAGGGGUCAUCUGUGGGAACCCGGUCAAAGCUUUGAGGAGCAGGAGGAAGAAUAUGAAGAACCCAAUGACACAGCAGAACACCACGAUGCUGAUGUUACUACAGCACAAACCCGAGCACACGUAUGACGCAUUAGAGGAAGAAGACUGGGAGGAUGGCAGAUCAAAGGAAGACAUCUUUGUUGAGCUCCGGACUUGGAAAGAAGCCCAUGAAAGAAAAGUAGAAGUCCGUCUCCAAGACCUAGAGCCUCAGGUCCUGAAGAUCACCCAUAGCGACAACGAGGAGGAGGAGGAGACUAAUAACAACCUCCCACUUACAUCUGGUAGCCAUAGCAACCAGGAUGAUGAUGAUGAGUUAGACAAUGAUGUCGAUGAUGAUGUUGAUGUUGGGGUUUACAUCCCACCCACACCCUCAGAUUCACCGAUCGACGGAAGAUUGCCGACCCCACCCCAAGGACCAAGGUCACCUAUAAGGGCUCCGGUCAGACCUAAAACAACUGCAGUUGGAGACUACAGAGUGCGUCGGUUCCGUCAACGUUCCGUUGAUGAGGGUCUAUCCCUGGACUCCUCCACUGAUACCCCUCGGCUAUCCCAGGAAUCUCGGUCCUCAUCCUUAGGGGACUCUGGUCACAUGAGUCCGGGUACUUUCCUUGGUUCCUUCCCGUCAUCACCGGUCCUGGGCCGGAUAGAGGAUAGACCAUACUCUGGUCCAGCCGUUGGGAUCAGGACUAUACCGGAGGUACAGCAAGUUGACAAGAACGCUCCAAAGUCCAUUGACCCUCACAAGCCAAUCAUCCGCUCCUCAGUGAACACGCCCCCAAAUAGACUCAUGGGAUUGAUAUCUAGACCGGUCACUGCUCGGGCUGCGCUCCAACGGAAAGCCUUGCCUAGUAGGACUAAAAAUAACCCAUAUACUAGCAUGUGAUCUACUAGCCUAUAGAUAGAGCUGGACUAGUCUAGGAUGACAGUGUGGCAAGACUUGGACUGCCCUCAAGCAGCAACAAGCAGCGACCAGCAGGAAUAUACAUGAUUCCUAUUAUAUUCUAGUAUGUGAUCUACUAGCGUAUGGUUGCAGUUGGAUAGCAGUGUAGCAUCUAGAUGUUGUGCAAGUUUGGUAUUGAAUAGCAUUGCUAGUCUCUUAGCUGUGACAGACCUACCAGUGUGUGACCUAGCUACUAGUCUUGAUUCAAGGAUUCUACUAAAGAGCAUCAUUAUUCUGCUACAAGUGUGGAUUCUGUACAUGGAGCUGUUCAUUAUUCUAUUUAGCUGUGAUGACAUCAUGAGUUCCAGCCAACUUACAAGCCCCUCUUUUAGUUCAUGCGUGGGUAUAUAGUCGUUCGUGAAGUAGGCAACUUAGCGAUCACUCCCAAUCACUACAUAACACUGAGCCAAUUGGUAUAACGCUCUUGUGCGUACGUCCGUGUGCUGCCCUCUAUAUACCCACAAUGUGUGAGUGCUUGAGAUCUUUAGAGAAUUAUAACAGUCGGUGAACUUUGACCUUCAAUUUUUCUUAAUGAAUGAAUCGUAGUUUCAUGUGUAGAUAAAUAUUGGCAUGAUGUGGGGUGCAUUAUUUUAAAUUUUGAUACAAUUUAAUUCAUUCAUAGUUAACUAUUGAGGCAAGACUAGUUUGAACUUAGUUUGAACUUAUGAACAUAUUUUUCAAAACAUUUAAAUUACCAAUACUGGAGGAUGUUUCACAAAGCCUUUUUUCAAUGACAAGUGACAACGAUCAGUGACAAAUCUACUGAUAACCAAUCAGAAGCAAGGAUUUCACUAGCUUAUAACAAAAAUUGUCAUUUGUCACUGAUGACAAGUUUUGCGAAACGGUCCGUGAUCAGACAAUCACAUUGCAAGUAGAAUUCAAAAGGCUAUUAAUAAGAGCGUUGUAUGGACUCAGUGUAGGACUACUUGACUAAAUUAAAAUGGCCUGCUUGGACAUCCUUAGAGCCGUUAUAUCCUACUUUAUUUUGAUGUGUUAUAGCAGAGCCCAUGCUCUCUCUGUCGAUUGUAAAAGGGAUUUUUGUCAUUUUGCAGUUUUAGCAGAGAUGCUCUAGAUGACAGUGGAGUGAAAUAAAUCAAUGGUUUCUUGUGUAUUUUGCUCUACAAUUUAGGAAUGAAAAAAAAUUAAAAGUAGUUAGUUAUGUUGUUGUUAGUGAAAUAAUAAAUGUAGAUGAAUAGUCUUUAUUAUAUGAUUCCAAUGGAAUUUAU